AUGACCCGGCCCAGCAUCCUACGAGCCGACACGCUCGACCUCCAGGACCAUGACAAUCCCACUGCCGCAGAGCACCACAAGCACCCGACUCCCACCACCGCCGGAAACGCUCCCAAUCUGGCUGCGCAAGUCAAUCACGUCCUGGAGGAGCGACACUCGGAAGAGCUGGCCCUGCACGACGCCUGGAAUAUUGCCGACAACUUGACGGAUGACCCCAGCGCAAUCGAUCAGGCGCAGUCACACAAUGCGCAAGACCAUGUGACAAACGGUGCAAGCGGUCACGAGAACGGCGAGGAGGGAGGAGAAGGUGCCGACACUGAGACCGACGCGGACGAUGACAUGAUGGACAGGAUAUCGAGUUCGCCGAGCAUUGACGAUGGUGGGUACCCUUUGCAUUCUUCCCAGGCCUCGUUCGUGGACAAGCCCAGGCCGAGCCGCUCGACCAGCUUGUCCCCGAGGUUUACACCAACACCCCUUCGCGAGUCUUUCAACCAGAUCGCGGACAUGACCCCGUUAUCGUCGCCAUUCCUGCACACGCCGCAGCAUUUGCCGCUGCGUGGUGGAAUGGUGGGAGGAGUACAGUCUCCGCUUGCUGAGCAGGCGGCGGUCGAUUACUCUUCUCCUUUCAUGGACGUUCCGGCUGUCUUUCCCUUCAGACCUGCUCAAAAGAGUAGUUCAAUUUUCCUAGCGUCAAACCAUCAUCAUAUGGGUAGGUAUGGCCAGGACGACCAAUCAGGACUACCCGAGGACACCAGAAAAGCAGCAAGCACACACAACCAUAACAGACACCACUCUUUCUUUGACGACGCAUCUGACGACGAAGAUCAUACGCCAUCCAGUGUCGAUCUACGCCCAAUUGAGAGCCCAUUCCGCCAAAACCCAUUUGAAGCCCACACGACCGGUCUGUGUCCACCGAUCUUGGAAGAAUCGCCCAGCUUCAGCAGUAUUACGAGUGUCGAUUUGGAUACCCUACUCCUGCCUAGGGACGAUCCACUACUGGAACGAGUGGACUCGCCUAUCGCUUCCGUGGCUUCCUGGGACAGUAUGCUAGACCAACAGGACACGGACUAUUUGACCCAGGAAUUUGAUGAUGCCGAAGACGCUUUCACUGAUCUUGACGAUCGUUUCAUUGACUCUGGCUGGGGAGGCGAGUGCUUACGUGAAGCAGAAGACAUCGAUUUCGAGUUCGUGUAUGCUCUGCAUACAUUCGUUGCUACCGUCGAAGGUCAGGCCAAUGCCACCAAGGGCGACACCAUGGUACUGCUCGACGACAGCAAUAGCUAUUGGUGGCUCGUGAGGGUUGUCAAAGACAGCAGUAUUGGUACGAGUAUUGCGGAAAGUGGACACCAAGAUGUCCGGCUAAGUGCACCAGGCUACCUACCCGCCGAACACAUCGAGACGCCGACCGAGAGACUUGCGCGACUGAACAAGCACCGAAACAUCGAUGUGCGUUUGCUGUCGUCUCCUAUUGUUGCAAUUGACUAAUGGAAUCUGCAGCUUUCCGCGACGAUGCUUAGUGACAACUCAGAAAAGUCUCGAAACCCGUUGAAGAAAGCGAUGCGGCGACGAAAUGCGAAGACUGUUCAGUUCGCUGCCCCGACGUAUGUGGAGGCGUCUGAUUACGACUAUUCCACCGAAGACGAAGAAGCGAUGAUCGAGCCUUACGCCAGCGCUUUGCAGGCAGCCGACACAACUGUCCAAGACGAGCCGGAGCCAGAACCUGAGGAGCCCAAGGUCGAAGUCAAGGAGCCUGUCGCUGAAGGUCGAUCUAGCACAUCCUCUCAACGCGCAUCUUUCGACCGUGAGCAGGCAGCGACUGCAGCACAGGCUCUGGCAGCUGCUGGCAUUGGUGGUGAUGAAUCCGGCGUGCAACCCAAGCUGGUCGACAAGACAGGUGAGUUCGACCGCUUUGCUAUUGAUCACAGCACCGCCAUACCAACCGUGGCAACAGAAGCUGCGCCACUCAAGUCGAAGAAAACCCGGAACACGGAUUCAUUCCUGAAGGACGACAGCCUGGAAACGCGCAAGAUCACGCUCACGCCCGGCAUACUUCGCGAUGAGGGCUCCUCGAAAUCAUCUGCGGAAUCUACUCGCAACACCAACAGCAUGGAAACCAUCUCGAAGACAGUAUCACCGCCCGAACAACCAAAGAAGGAGACCAAAGAGAAGAAGAAGGAGCCGAAGAAGGGUGGCAUGCUCAGUGGUCUUUUCAAGAAGUCGAAGAAAGACAAGAAAUCGAAGGAGGAAGCUACUGAGUUUGAUUCUGAGAAAGUGUCCUUGGAAGUCUCGCGCGAUUCUCCCAGGGCCAGCCCUCUCACAAGCGGGAAGAGCUCUCCGGUGGAAAGAAACUUCAAUGGCCAACAAACCGCUGUUGCUGGACGAGGAAACCUGCACAACGCGACCUCUGCAGAAGAGAUGCAACAGGAGAAGCCGAACGAGCCCAGUAACGGCUUCUUCGCCGAGCUGCAAGGCUCUGAAGUGGCCUACGAAAUGGCCGCUGGGCCUGAAGAUCCUGUCAGCGACCUGCAGCGCCGCAUCGACACAGAGGCGGCACAACAGGAGAAGACGAAGAGCAGUAAUCCGCUGUCUCCUAUUACAAAUCCGAUCACGAACAUGCUCAAGACAGGCGAUGGGCACGAUAAGCCGAAGAAAGCCAAACGAUCGAAGCAGCGGGUUCAGCUUGAUGACUUCGAUUCGCCCCGGAACGAAGAGACGAAUCCGUUCGCGGAUCAGGAGGAUGAUUCGGAGAGGAGCAGUGCCGGCGAGAGACUCUCGGAGAGCCCUGUGGAGAUUAAUUCGGGUGCAUUCAUGCACGGGACGGACACAAUACAUAUUCCAAUGCCAGGCCAAUUCGAACCGGACGAGGACGAGGAAGAGGAAGACGAAGAGGAGGAAGAAGGGCCGGGGAGUCUCACGAGCUCACCGAGUAUCAUCGAGCAUCCUGCCGAACCUGUCGAGGACGAAGGGGAGACAGCCGAAGACAAUGACGCAACGCCUACAGCUCGCUCUCCGCAGCCUACAGCCGCCACGCAGCAAGAGGCUAUUGUUCCGCCUGUCAGAGAUCAAUCAACGGACAGUAGUUCUACUUCUUCCUCGCGACACCUCUCUCUGCGCCCUUCGCCCACCGUCUCCCAGCAAUCGUGGAACGAGGACAGUCUUCGCGCAUGGCUGGAAGAUGGUAGCGAGGUGCGAGACAUGCUGAUCAUGAUCAACGACAAGACGGGCGUGCAACCUGCCGCGCCUGAUCAUCCGCUCAUGACAGGCUUGUUCGUCGAGCAGAGGAAGGGUGUACAGGACAUGAUGGGUCAGCUGGACGGAUUGCUGGGAAGCUAUCUGCGGAGGAAGGGUGUGAAGUAUUGA